AUGCACAAUAAAGUGAUAGGCUCUGUUACUGUUCGUCAUCACUUCAUAAAAAGUAUUCCGAUUAUUAAGAAGGGCAUCAAGGGAUCCCCGCUUUUAAAAUUUACCAGAUAUCACCAUCAAAAUGCUAAGAGACAACAUGUAAAGUUAUUUUCAGACACUGCAAGUAAAGAUCCACCUACGGGGCCACUAUUUGACCACCACAAUAACACGUUUGAAACUACUACAUCUCAGGGGAAAUAUGGAUCCACUGAAGUUUUGAACAAACAUCUAUCCUCAGAUGAUUUACCUUCAGUAGAGCUGUCAUAUGAUGUUAUUACUCAGCAUACCAGCCAAUUCGACAAGGAAAAGUCUUCGAUUAUCCUUCUACAUGGGCUUUUUGGCAAUAGACAGAACAACAGAACCAUUGGACGUGAACUGAACGAAUUGUUAGAAAGAGAUGUUUAUUUACCAGACUUGAGAAAUCAUGGUCAAAGCCCUCACAUUGGUAGACAUGAUUAUCCUUCUAUGGCCCUCGAUGUGGAAAGGCUUAUUAGAGAGAAAAUACUAAACCACAAGGAUGCGAAGAAACCAAUUAUAGUCGGUCAUUCCAUGGGGGCGAAAGUCGCAAUGAGCGUCGCACUGAGAAAGCCUGAACUUUGUUCAAUGUUAGUUAGUAUUGACAAUGCUCCAGUCGCGUCACCACCAAUGACAGCUUUCCCCAGAUACGUUAGAAAACUGUUACAAAUUAUAAACGAUCCUAACGUGGGAACUGUACAACAAGCUGAUGAACAGUUAAAGGAGAUUGAACCCACCGCGGUUGUACGGAGAUUUUUACUAACGGUUUUGCAAAGAGUUAAAGACGAAGAGAGUGGUCGUUGGAGGUUUAAAUCAAGAAUACCGCUAGGAAUCUUAAAUGAUGCUAUAGUUAAGGGGAACAUUUCGAAUUGGGAAUUUAACCCGUGGGUUCACAGAUUCGUGGGUCCCUCUCUAUUCAUCAGAGCUACUAAAUCCUAUUACGUGGCUGAUGAGUACCUUUCAGACGUUGGUAAUUUCUUCCCCAGGUUUGAGAUAAGAGACAUCGAAGCUGGUCAUUGGGUCAAUGCAGAGAAACCUCACGAAUGUGUACGUGAUAUUGUGGAGUUCGUCGAGAGGCAGGAAGACGAAUUAAGGUUUAACUGA